AUGGCUGCUGCUGACGGCAGCAGCAGCAGCAGCAGCAACAGCAUGGCGUUUGGUGCCGGUGCUUCGCACUUGGAGUUGCUGCGAGCUGCUCAGAAGGAUGACUUCUACUGUCGGGUGUACACGCAGCAGCUGCAGAAGCUGCUGCAGCAGCUGCAUCAGCUGCUGCUCCCUCCACAAGGACAACCACAGCGAAGGAAUAGCCUUGCUGCUGCAGGCAGCAGCAACAGACGCAGCAACAGCAGACGGUUAUCCGCAAGCUACGCUAUUUCUGCAGAUGGUGGCAGCAGCAGCAGCGGUAACAGCAGCAGCAGCAGCAGCAAUAACAACAGCAGCAGCAGCACAAGCAGCAACAGCAGCAGCGGCACAAGCAGCAACAGCAGCAGCAGCACCAGCAGCAACAGCAACAGCAUCAUGCCAUGGAGGCGAUGGGGGGUAGCAGCCAGCAGUCCCUUGGGGAGGAAUAUUGCGAACUCAGAACGGUUGCUGCAGCGGCGGCUCUUUCGGCUGUACGGGGGCCUCUCUUCCCGUGCUGUUGCUGCCUACAUGCGCGGCUUUGCUGCAGUGCUGCUGCUUCAGGGGUUGUUAGUUGCGCACUCUCUCUUUAAUAUGUUUACGAGGCAGAGGGCGCGGCAGCAAAUUCAGAAAGAAACUGCUGCUGAGAUCAGCAGCAACAGCAGCAAUAGCAGCAGCAGCAGCAGCAAGGAGGAGAAAAGGGAGAAAAAAGAAGAAAGCGCAGCAGCUACAGAUAACCCCAACAGCAGCAGCAGCAGCAGCAGCAGCAGCAGCAGCAGCAGCAGCAGCAGCAGCAGCACGUUGGUGUGUUUGUUUUGCCAGAGCUUUUGCAGCGUCCCAACGGCUGCUGCAUGCGGCCACAUCUUUUGCUGGUCUUGUAUCAGCAGGUGGUGCCAGCAGCAACAGCAGCAGCAGCAGCAGCAGCAGCAGACGCCUACAUGCCCUGUUUGUCGCGCUGCCUGCCCGCCGCAACAUUUGCUGCCUCUCCGUCACUUUGAGAGCUCGGAGGAUUUGCUGCUGCAGUACAACUUGCAACAGCAGCAGCAACAGCAGCAGCAACAGCAACAGCAACAGCAGGAGCAGCAGGAGCAGCAGGAGCAGUAG